UCUGCUACAAGCCUCCACUAUCUUUAAAAAUUGAGGUGAUGGUAUGCUUCGGUGGUAGAUUGAAGUUUUUACUUAUCAAAAAUAUUAAUUAUUUACAAAUUAUAAGAAUAUUUAUUAUUGAAUGACAGUAAUAAAGAAAAUAAAAUCUUUACUAAAUCAACAUCAAUCACACUUGCAGCACUAUAGCAAGAGUAUCAUGUUUUUUGAACACAGCUAUCUGCCACCAUAAGAUAAUUGUCAAAUGAUCACUUGUCAAACAUCAAAAUUAUCAAGUGUAAUUGAGUAUACGUAAUUUAAUUCUCAAUGGCAGCGAUUGAAAAAGUCAAAAUUAUUGUGGUGGGUGAUUCCGGUGUCGGUAAAACGUCACUGACGCAUUUAAUAUGUCAACAGCAGCCUAUCAGCAGUCCUUCGUGGACAGUAGGUUGUUCGGUGGAAGUAAAGCUACAUGAAUAUAAAGAAGGAACGCCCAAUCAGAAAAGGUAUUUUAUCGAGCUGUGGGAUAUCGGUGGUAGUCAGAAUCACAAAAACACGAGAUCUGUAUUUUAUAAUCCCACAAAUGGCAUAAUAUUAGUCCAUGACUUGACAAAUCGUAAGUCACAGCAGAAUCUUCAAAAAUGGUUGGAGGAGGUUUUAAAUAAGGACGGAACUUCUUCUUCCAAGUCCAAAUGCUUUGAGGAUUUUGAUCCUGAGAAGUUUGUGGGUUCAACCCAGAUUCCAAUUUUAGUUGUCGGUACAAAGUUUGAUUUGAUCUCGGAAGUAAAGUCCAACGUACACAGACGUUCUGCAACCAUUGCUGAAGAAUGUGGUGCCGACGAGAUAUUCUUGGACUGCCUCCAGACAAGAUCCUUGGCAGCAGGUUCCAGUUCCUCUGUAAAGCUCAGCAGAUUCUUCGACAAAGUCAUUGAGAGACGCUACUACUCUUCCAGAGAAGCGCUCAGUCCCGACAAGCGAAAAUCGUACCCUUCUUCACUAUAUACAAAAGUUUAUCAUAACGACUAAAUAAUCGCAGGCUCAGAACGAUCUCCUCGAUCUCCCUAAUCCUAAAUUAAGUCAUGCACGAUAAUUGUUCUUGUAAUUUUAGAGGCGUUAGACGAUUAUGUGGGGACUAUGUAUCGUAAAGCAACCGCACUCGCAUUUCUUCAUCCACAUUCCGGUUCUUCCCACAGAAGUAUCUUCUAAGAUAUGUGUUCAAGAGGACUGUGAGCAGCCUAGAUAAAAGUAUGUUAGGCUCGUAAUACUUUCUAUAAUGUAGAUUGUAAAAGUAUUGCUUUGUACAUAUAUAUGUAUAUAUACAUAUAGCAUAGAUUUUAUAAUAUAACAUGAUAUACAUGAUAUAUACGUAUAUAUAAUACACACAUAAUAUGUAUAUGCGUGUGAUUUGUUUCUCUAUACAUUUCUGCACGUAUAUCGUGAUUUGAUUAUAUAAUUAAACAGAUUAUAUUAUUAAAUCUC